GUUCACUUCCGGGAUACAGUGCUCAACUUUGAACCGGUUGCUUUUGAUCCUUCUUUCCGGUUUCGGCUGCUCGCGGAGACACACUUAGCAACAAUGGCACCUCGUAAGGGUAAGGAAAAGAAGGAAGAGCAGGUGAUCAGCCUGGGGCCCCAGGUCGCCGAGGGCGAGAAUGUCUUCGGGGUCUGCCACAUCUUCGCCUCCUUCAACGACACCUUUGUCCACGUCACUGACCUCUCCGGCAAGGAAACGAUCUGCCGCGUGACGGGCGGGAUGAAGGUGAAGGCAGACAGAGACGAGUCCUCCCCCUAUGCCGCUAUGUUGGCAGCGCAGGACGUGGCCCAGAGGUGCAAGGAGCUGGGCAUCACCGCCCUGCACAUCAAACUGAGGGCCACGGGGGGCAACAGAACCAAGACUCCUGGACCAGGGGCGCAGUCCGCUCUCCGAGCCCUGGCUCGAUCCGGCAUGAAGAUCGGCCGCAUCGAGGACGUCACCCCGAUUCCCUCGGACAGCACCCGCAGGAAGGGCGGGCGUCGUGGGCGUCGUCUGUAAACUGUUUAUUUUCUGCGCCUCAAUAAAAAGUCAUUUCCAGUU